AUGACAAAUACAACGGCAAACACUACCGAAGACUCCCCGCCACUAGAUGAUCCAACAAUUUAUCGUCAAAUGGUUGGGUCCCUCAUGUAUCUGCUUAUGACUCGCCCAGACCUAUCCUUUGCUGUCAAUCGCCUAUGCCAGUUCAUGCAUAGUCCAACGCAGGAUCAUUGGGCAGCCCUCAAGCGCGUCAUGCGCUAUGUCAACGGCACACUACAACUUGGUCUCCGCCUUACAAUCUCGUCGUCACCCGUUGUACAUGCCUUCUCUGACUCAGAUUGGGCUGGUUGUUCUCUUGACCGAAAGUCUACUGCAGGCUAUGCAGUAUUCCUAGGCCCCAAUCUAGUCUCAUGGACCUCAAGAAAGCAACGGACUGUUGCCCGCUCUUCGACUGAAGCUGAGUAUAAAGCCUUAGCUGAUGUAGCCGCUGAGGUCGUUUGGGUACAAUCUCUUCUCUUAGAUCUUGGCCUACAUUGUGCUACUACUCCAGUCCUAUGGUGUGACAACCUCGGGGCAACCUACCUUUGCUCGAACCCGGUAUUUCACGCCAGGACAAAGCACGUAGAAGUUGACUAUCACUUUGUUCGUGACAAGGUCUCUACAGGUGCACUCAAGGUUAAUUUUGUGUCCACUCAUGACCAGCUGGCAGAUAUCUUCACCAAGUCUCUUGCUACUGCUCGGUUUGAUGCUCUUCGGUUCAAGCUUGGCGUGGUCCCAUGUCCCCCGUCUGCUUGA